AUGGCUUUAUCAAAAAUUCAUCUGAUUGUAGUCAUUCUAUGCCUUUCAAGUCUUUUACCAACAAGUCUUUCUUCACCCACAUUUAAAAAGAAAGGUGGAAAGGGCGGGGGAGGAGGAGGCGGUGUUUGCUGUCAACCGGUUUAUGUUCAACCACGUCCAGUUUAUGUUCAACCCCAACCAGUUUAUGUUCAACCAAGACCAGUUCAUCCAGUUCAACCUGUUCGACCAAAUCCGUGCAAUACAUGUGGAGGAUAUAACACCGGCGGUGGUGGAGGAGGAGGCGGAGGUGGUGGUGGUGGAGGAGGAGGAGGGGGUUUUGGUUUCGGAUACGGCGGGGGAUAUGGCAGUGGUAAAAAGUAA